AUGGAGAAAUUGAGGCGUUUUGCUGGGAAUGGUAGAGUGGAUAGUAUGUUGGAUGGUUUGCAAAAUGAUAAGUGGGUGAAUGCAAUUUUUAAAGGGAAACGAUAUGGUGAGACGUCAUCUAAUGCUGCCGAGCCUUACAAUAAUUGGAUUUGUGGGGCUUGUGAGUUGGCUAUUACUUGUAUGGUUUAUAUGAUUAGGGUUCAAAUCAUGACUCAAUUGUCUAAUAAGAGAGCUGAAUCUAAAAGAUGGACUUCCAAAUUGUGUCCAGUUAUGGAAAAGAAAUUGGUGGACUCUUUGAAGCUAGCUAAGUCUUGGGAUGUGAUUAUUACUGUGCUUGAGGUUCAUUCUUCUAUUUCUUUUUAUGUUGAUAUUAGUAGAUGGACUUGUUCUUGCCAUGAAUGGCCAUUGAAUGGUUUUUCUUAUUGUCAUGCUACGCAUGCUUUGCAUAGUAGUGGUAGAGAUGUAGAGUCGUAUAAGGAAUCUGUUUAUCCAGUGCCUUCAAUUGAGAGAUUUGACUUUAAUGGUGUCGGUAGUUUGAUUAUCAAACCUCCUAUAACGAAAAAGCAACUCGGGCAGAACAAGAAGAAGAUGAUACCUUCUAGGGGUGAGAAUGUGAAGCAAAUCAAGUAUGAGAGGUGCUUGAAAUAUGGAAAUCACAAUAAGAAGAUGUGCAAGGUUGCUAUUUGA